AUGACGCUCCAAAAUGCAUACCAAUUCGCCGAAGAGGCAGAAAGAUUAGAACUUAAGAAAGACUACCUCAGAGCUCGAAACUUACACAAAAAGGCCUCGGAUGCUUUUGAAAAUGUUCUAGCGAACAUCGUGAAUGAUGAGGCCACUGACCCAAAGAUAGUACAAGCAUUGGAGCUUCUAGCAUCCCAGCACCAGAAAAGAUCAAUACAAUCGAAUUAUAAAUAUAGAUUGCAGAAAAUAACGGAAAAAAGAGCCCUUACAGAAGAACAAAAAGCCAAGAAUGAAGAUGUCAAUUAUAAAACAGGAUUGUUUGGGGGUAAAAAUAAUAUUCUCGACUCAUUGGCAAACAAAAGAGGCAAUCGAAAUACAGAUCAAAAUGCCUUUAUGGGAGAAUAUAGCAUAAUUGCUGACAAUGAUAAUAGUUUAUUAUCAGCGAACAAUGGAAGGAGUGAUGCUAAUUUGUAUCAAGGGAUCAUGAAUUUAUUUGACACUUUUGCGAUAAACCCUAAUCUAGAUGAUGCCACAGAAGAUGAUAACGGCAUUGAAGAUACUAAAUUAGUGGCAAAUCAUCAAAUCCUUAAUAGUAAAACCAAGGAGGAAUUAAUUGUGGAAAAUCAGCAAUUGAAAAAGAAUUUAAUCCAUCAAAACAGAUUAUUGGGGAAAUUGAAAAGAAUUAAGAGUUCACAUACGGGAAAAGCUAACAUAGUAUUGAUAGAUAAGAAGAUGUUCCAGAGAAAAUUAAAUAAUCUACUACUGUCAACGCCCAAACAAAGCUUUUUCGGUGGUAAUAACAAGUUGUUCAAUGGAUCCUCUACUGCAAACAGUAUUGCAAAUUCGACUAUCAACAAUAGCAGUAAUAAUUCUUUGACGAGUGUUUCAAAUAAUCAUUUAGUGAUUAGUAACCAGUUGAUUAGUGAGAAAGAGGCCGAAAUUAAGAGAUUGCAACAAUUAGUAAUAACACAGGAUCGUCAGAUACUGAGGUUAGGUCAAAAUAUGAAGUCUGUCGAGAAUGAUAAAGAUGUUUUAAUUGAAAGCCAUAAUAAAUUGAGAAGAGAGUUGUUGGUAUUGAGACAGCGAAUUGAUGUGACAGAUGGGACAGAUGGACCCCAUAUUAAUGCAGGGGCUAAUGACAUACAAGAUCAACCCAUCAAUUUGAAUCAGCAGUACGAAAUUUUUGAAAAAAAGAGAGGAAAUAUUUAUAAUGCAAUUCAUGGGCGCCAUAAUGUGGGACUUAAUUCGAAUUCUAAAGAAAAAAAUCUUAUUUUGCAAAGUGAUGAUGAUGAUGAUGAUGAUGAUGAUGAUGAUGAUGAUGAUGACGACGACUAUGACAAUGAUGAAGAUAAUAGCAGUAGUGAAAUAGAGGGCAUAGAUGGUAAACGCUAG